CUGUGACAGUGAACUGAAUUUACUAUCUGUAGGAAGGCCACCUACAAGUGGUGGAACAAUCCUCCUGAGGUGAAAGCUAGAGGAGGGGCUAUGGUGGAAGUGUUUGCUGACUUUCCUCUGCUCUUGGCUCUCUUCCACUGUUGUCCUUGUGUGUUUUUUUUUGCAUGGACUUUCCUGCAUCAAGGGUCCGGAGAUAAUGACCUCUUAGCAGCAUUAACAGGCCAAAUGAGACCCCUGAGAGACUCUUGCACACAUUAAAAACAGAAGUCCUGUGGAUGUCUACCCCCUUUGUUCCACUUUUUGCUUGUUUUUUUGUAUUUUUCCUUUGUGAAUGUGAAACAGAAGAACUUCUCUCAUGACCAAGCCUUUUGGUACUAAACACAGUGUGCUCUUAGCUUGCUUGGGGUGUGGUGGAACAAUUUCACCCUAAAUUACGUCUCUGGAUUACUAUCACCGGAGGUGGAUGAAGGACGAGUGCGCCUGAUGAUGGAGAGUGCCCUCACAGCCCGGGACAGGGUCGGAGUGCAGGACUUUGUCCUGCUGGAAAACUACAACAGCGAGGCCGCCUUCAUAGAGAACCUGCGGAGACGCUUCAGGGAAAACCUCAUCUAUACGUAUAUCGGCUCGGUGCUGGUGUCAGUGAACCCAUACAAGGAGCUGGAGAUUUACUCCAAGCAGCAGAUGGAGCGUUACCGAGGAGUCAGCUUCUAUGAAAUAUCUCCUCACAUCUACGCCAUAUCAGACAACACAUACCGGGCCAUGCGAACAGAGAGGAGGGAUCAGUGUAUCCUCAUAUCAGGUGAGAGUGGGGCAGGUAAGACAGAGGCCUCCAAGAAGAUCCUCCUCUACUUCGCCGUCACCUGCCCCACUAAUGAUCACAUGCUGACCCUCGGUGACCGUCUGCUGCAGUCCAACCCUGUCCUGGAGGCUUUCGGUAAUGCCAAAACACUGAGAAAUGACAACUCCAGCCGCUUUGGGAAAUACAUGGAUAUCCAGUUUGACUUCAAAGGUGCAACAAUGGGUGGUCAUAUUCUGAAUUACCUGCUGGAGAAAUCCCGGGUGGUGCACCAGAACCACGGGGAAAGAAAUUUCCACGUCUUCUAUCAGCUCCUUGAUGGAGGAGACGAUAACCUGCUCAACACGCUGAACCUAGAGAGGAACCCUCACAGCUACCGCUACCUGGUUAAAGGAAGCUGUCCAAGAGUGAGCUCCAUAAGUGACAAGAACAACUGGAGAGUUGUGAGGAAGGCCCUGGACGUGAUCGGCUUCACCGCAGAGGAAGUGCAGAAACUGCUGAACAUCAUCGCCAGUGUUCUCCAUCUGGGCAACACUCUGUUCGGGGAAGGAGAGGAAGGAGAAACUUAUAUCACCACAGAGACCCAGCUAUCAAAUGCUGCAAAGCUGCUGGGUGUCGAUGGCUCCGCCCUGAAGGAGGCCCUCACUCACAAGAAACUCACAGCCAAAGGAGAGGAGAUGAUCAGCCCACUGAAUUUUGAACAGGCAGUCUCGGCCCGUGACGCUUUGGCGAAGGCCGUGUACGGCCGGACCUUUAAUUGGUUGGUGGAGAAGAUCAACCAGUCACUCACUCUGAAGGCGGAAACCUACCACAGCAGCAAAGACGCCUCGAUCAUUGGGCUUCUUGAUAUUUACGGUUUUGAGGUCCUGCAGCACAACAGUUUUGAGCAGUUCUGCAUCAACUACUGCAAUGAGAAGCUGCAGCAGCUCUUCAUAGAGCUCACCCUCAGGUCCGAGCAGGAGGAGUAUGAGACGGAAGGAAUUGCCUGGGAGACGGUGCAGUACUUUGACAACAAGAUCAUUUGUGACCUGAUAGAGGAGAAGCACAAAGGCAUCAUCUCCAUUCUGGAUGAGGAGUGCCUGAGACCGGGAGAGACUGGUGAUAUUUCCUUUUUGGAGAAGCUGGAGGACACAGUUGGCGGCCAUCCACAUUUUAUCACGCACAAGUUGGCGAAUGGAAAAACUCGCAGGGUAAUGAGCAGGGAGGAGUUCAGGCUGCUGCACUACGCAGGAGAGGUCAACUAUAAUGUCAACGGUUUCCUGGAUAAGAACAACGACUUGCUGAACAGGAAUCUAAAAGAGGUCAUGUGCCAGUCAGAAAACCAGAUCCUAAGUCACUGCUUCCGCAGGGAGGAAGUGAUCGACCAAAAACGUCCAGAGAUGGCUGCUUCCCAGUUUAAAAACAGCCUGAUGAAGCUAAUGGAGAUCCUCAUGUCUAAAGAGCCGUCCUACGUUCGCUGUAUCAAACCUAAUGAUGCCAAGCAGCCAGGACGUUUUGAUGAAGUUCUGGUGAGACACCAGGUGAAAUACUUGGGUCUGAUGGAGAACCUGAGAGUCCGGCGCGCUGGCUUCGCCUAUCGCCGUCGCUUUGAGGCGUUCUUGCAGAGGUACAAGCCCCUGUGUCCUGAGACGUGGCCCAACUGGAACGGAAAACUGGCUGAUGGGGUUUCUGCUUUGGUGAACAACCUGGGCUACAAACCAGAAGAGUACAAACUGGGCAGGUCAAAGAUCUUCAUCCGUUUCCCAAAAACUCUCUUCGCCACAGAAGAUGCCCUAGAGGCAAAAAAGCCAGAGAUCGCUGUGACGCUGCAGAAGUGUUGGCGAGGCUACAGGGAAAGAGCCAAUUAUCAGCGCAUCAGACAUGCAGUUAUCGUGAUCCAGUCUGGGUGGCGAGGGAUGAAAGCACGCAGGAGGGCUAAAAGGCGCCGCGAGGCAGCUCAGUUGAUACGCAGGUUCAUAAAGGGCUUCAUCAACCGUCAUGAGGAGUACUGCGACGACAACGAUUACUUCCUGGAUCAUGUACGCUGCUCCUUCCUGAAACAUCUGAGGAAAAAUCUCCCCAGGAGCGUUUUGGACAAGAGCUGGCCGACACCUCCUGCUUUGCUUGUUGAGGCCUCUGAGCAUCUCCAAGGGCUUCACAUGCAGAACAUGGUCAUCAAGUACUGCAGGAGAGUCCAACCUGAAUGGAAGAAGCAGAUGAUGCAAAAGGUUGUAGCCAGUGAGAUCUUCAAGGAUCAGAAGGGCAGCUAUCCUCAAAGUGUUGGGAGGCUGUUUUUGGAUACCAGGCUUGAGCGAGAGCAAAUCAGCUUAAAAGUCCUCCAGACUCUCGGGAGUGAAAAAGUGCAGUAUGGAGUCUCCGUCGUAAAGUACGACAGGAGGGGCUUCAAGCCUCGUCCCCGCCAGUUGCUCCUCACCAACUCCUUCGCAGUGUUGGUGGACCGGACCAAGAUCAAGCAGAGGUUGGACUACGCCGCUCUGAGAGGCAUCUUUGUGAGCUCUCUCUGUGACGGGAUGGUUGUUCUGCGCAUGCCGUGCGAGGACAACAAACAGAAGGGCGACGCCGUGCUGCACUGCAGCCAUGUGAUCGAACUGGUGACCAAACUGGCCAUGAUGGCCAGCAAGACCAACUACGUCAACGUCAGCCCUGGCAGCAUUCGGUUUACCGUGUCCAGAACCAAGGAGGGAAUAAUAGAUUUCAUCAGGGGUUCAGAGUUGAAGGUGGCCAAAGGCAAAAGAGGACAUCUGCUGGUGACCGCCCCUCAGAGCAGCGCCACAUGAAGAUCCAUUAAUCAGCAGGAAGAUAGUCAGGAUGGACGAUGCUGAAGUCGGCAUCAGAUUUGAAGCUUCGUAUUUGGCACUUAAGGGCUCUUUCACUGCUUUCAGAUAAUCUGCACUGUUUUAAAGCACCUCCAGCUCAACAUCAAAGAUACUUAAGCUGCUGCAGCACUGUUCACUUAUCAUGCCAUGAACAGGUGGAUAUCAGUAAAUUAGAAUAUGAUAAUAAAAAAAAAAAAAGUUGAUUCAACCCUUAAAUUCAACAAGUGAAUCUAAGAAAUUUUCAAGACUGACCACAAACAACGAUGCAUUCUCAUUAGGUCAAUUUGAAUGAUUUUUGCUUUUUUGAAAACCUAAGGUUUGGUUUCUCAGAAAAUUGGAUUAUUAAUGACAAAAGGGAUUUUUAAUACAGAAAUGCUACAGCCCACACAGUCAUGGGGAUGACUGCUGACUUGGCAGAGGUCCAGCAAACCAUGUUUCAAAACCCCCAGGUUGUGCCACAAAAUGUCAUUUCUAAAGAAUCUUGAUAUUUGCAAAGGACCGUGUCCACUCAUUGGAAGGUUAAGUGGAGGGGAAAAAGGCUUAAUUGAGAAGAUUGUGGGACAAAACUCAGGCAAGAGUUUUGAUUUUUAAAACGUGUAAACAGAGAUUUGAGUGAUUCAAGAACCACUAAACGGAAAUAUCCAGGACAUAAACUAAAAGUGUCCUAUUACUGAUGUUGAUUCACUCCUUUCUCGGAGACAUUAGAAGUGCCUUUCUUGGAUGAAAAAGAAUAAAUAUUGAACAGAUUUCAACAGUUAAUGAUUUGUGAAACAUUUUGUUCAGUUUUGAUAUUUAGACAACCAUACUAUUUAUAAAAAAUCUGAACACAAAUUGUCUUAAAGAGUCUGAAUCAGAGCAGAAUCAUUUAGUACAGACUAAACUUCUCUAAAUGAUGGUUUUCAAGAAGAACUCCAUACAAGUUGCCAACACAACAAGGUCCCACAAAUAAUUGUAAACAAGUGUAGAACAAUUUGACAAGUGUUUCAGAAUUGAAAAGGUUUGAACACAAAGAAUAAAUGUUUCACAAAUUGUGUUUCUGAUGACCUGGAAUUAGUCUAGAAUAAUCAGGUCUGAACUGAGACUCUAAAUCUGAGAUGCAGUUUCAAGCACAAACACGGUGGUGGUUGCAAAGGACCAAAACGCAGGAAAAACACAGAGGAAGAAGUAAAGCAAAAAGCAAUGAAAACCGGUGAGUUCAUAUGCUGAGGGAACAGUGGAGAAAGACACGGGGUGAAUGCAUGGUAGUUAAAGAGUAAAGAACAGCUGUGGAAGAGAGCAAACAGGCAGACUGAGGGAAGAA